AUGAAAGCAAGCCGCUUGGGUAUUGAGCUGAAGAAACUAGAAACAGACGAAUUCAACUUUUCCACAACCAUGAUUUUAUCGUUGGGAGGGAAAACAACUUCCAUGAUGAAGCACAAUUUUCCAAAGGAGACUACUCAUAAGGUUGCUGAAAACUCUUUGACAGCCAACGACCGGUUUCGCCCUUCUUGA